GCGGGCGGCGGGGCCCGCGGCUGCGAGGCGGGCCGGGCCGGGCGGCGGCGGCGGCGGCGGCGACGCCAUGUGGAGCGGCCGCAGCUCCUUCACCAGCCUGGUCGUGGGCGUGUUCGUGGUGUACGUGGUGCACACCUGCUGGGUCAUGUAUGGCAUCGUCUACACCCGCCCGUGCGCCGGCGACGGCAACUGCAUCCAGCCCUACCUGGCGCGGAGGCCCAAGCUGCAGCUCAGCGUGUACACCGCCACACGGUCCAACCUGGGUGCCGAGAACAACGUGGACCUGGUCUUGAACGUGGAGGACUUUGACGUGGAGUCCAAAUUUGAAAGGACAGUCAAUGUUUCUGUUCCAAAGAAAACCAGGAACAACGGGACGCUGUAUGCCUACAUCUUUGUCCAUCACGCCGGCGUCCUGCCCUGGCAGGACGGGAAGCAGGUGCACCUGGUGAGCCCGCUGACCACCUACAUGGUCCCCAAACCGGAAGAGGUGAACCUGCUCACUGGGGAAUCUGCCACGCAGCAGCAGAUCGAGGCUGAGAAGAGGCCAGCGAGUGCCCUGGACGAGCCCGUGUCUCACUGGAGACCAAGGCUGACCCUGAACGUGAUGGUGGAUGACUUUGUCUUUGACGGGGCCUCCCUGCCCGCCGAUGUGCAUCGGUACAUGAAGAUGAUCCGGCUGGGGAAGACGGUGCACUACCUGCCCAUCCUGUUCAUCGAUCAGCUCAGCAGCCGGGUCAAGGACCUCACGGUCAUCAACCGCUCCACCACCGAGCUGCCCCUCACCGUGUCCUACGACAGGAUCUCGCUGGGGCGGCUGCGCCUCUGGAUCCACAUGCAGGACGCCGUGUUCUCGCUGCAGCAGUUCGGGUUUUCAGAGAAGGACGCUGACGAAGUGAAAGGGAUUUUCGUCGACACCAACUUGUAUUUCUUAGCGCUGACCUUCUUCGUGGCCGCGUUCCACCUGCUUUUUGAUUUCCUAGCGUUUAAAAAUGACAUCAGUUUCUGGAAGAAAAAGAAGAGCAUGACCGGAAUGUCCACCAAGGCAGUGCUCUGGCGCUGCUUCAGCACCGUGGUCAUCUUCCUGUUCCUGCUGGACGAGCGGACGAGCCUGCUGGUGCUGGUUCCUGCAGGCAUCGGGGCUGCCAUCGAGCUGUGGAAAGUGAAAAAGGCCUUGAAGGUGACCGUCAUCUGGAGAGGCCUGAGGCCCGCAUUUCAGUUCGGCACUUACAGUGAAUCUGAAAGGCAGACGGAGGAGUAUGACACUCAGGCCAUGAAAUACUUGUCGUACCUCCUUUACCCUCUCUGCAUCGGGGGCGCCGUCUAUUCUCUGCUGAAUGUCAGAUAUAAGAGCUGGUACUCCUGGUUGGUCAGCAGCUUCGUCAAUGCUCUUCGUGAACUACAAGAUGAAGUCGGUGGCUCACCUGCCCUGGAAGGCCUUCACCUACAAGAACCGGUUGGCCGUUCUCGGGCAGGCCGGCACCGUGAUAGCCAGGCUCCUAGGUGGUGCUCCUGGGUCCCGCGUGCGGAGAGCAGGCCUUCAACACCUUCAUUGACGACGUGUUCGCCUUCAUCAUCACCAUGCCCACCUCCCACCGGCUGGCCUGCUUCAGGGACGACGUGGUGUUUCUCGUGUACCUUUACCAGCGAUGAGCUCUGGCCUGACCGUCACGAGAACACCGGGAGGGCACGGGGCAAACCCACACGCGCCUCUCCCGUGGCUUUAUCCCGUGGAUAAGAGCAGAGUGAACGAGUUCGGGGAGUCCUACGAGGGGAAUCCCCAGCGGAAACCCCACGAAGACUGAGCCCGACCCUGGCUGCUCGCAGCCACGCAGAGGCUUUGGUGGAACUUCCUGACAUCACGCCCCCUGCGUUGCCAAAACCCCGAAUGUCCCUCACGUCCCCGGGUUCCGUCACGCUGUGUCCGACGGGAGCUGGCGGCACUGCCGCCGCUGCCCGCGUGGACGUCUGUCCGGUCACCAUGGCUGCGGGAGCGUCCGGUGCUGGCGGGGGCUGCGCUGUCACUGCCCUGCCCCCACCCGGGGGAGUUCGUCUCGGGGUCUGUAAACAGUCCUUGAGGGGAUAUCAGACGCCUUUUUGAAUCCAUUCCGUGCAGACUCUGGGAUCAAAUGGCUUUUUUCCUUUUUGUUUAAAAUUUGACUAUUUUAAGGCUUAAUGUAUGUAUGUUUCUAUUUUAAAAUAAACUUCUCUGGCUGUAA